AUGCUUGAAAAGACACCAGAAACUGAAAAAGGAUACGACGACUCUAAGGGCGUCUCUAUCCUCGCUACUCACGUUCAAUCGGUACUAUCCCCUCAGGACGACCAGGAAAUUAAAGAUCAAGCAUUCGAGCUUCUCAAAGAUAAUAUCGAUGAGGAUCUCGAUACUGAGGAAGAUAGAUCCGUGAGACGUAAAAUUGACUGGAGAUUCCUCCCGUUGUUGACUCUACUGUAUGGUCUCAAUUAUGUGGAUAAGGCAUCCCUUUCUUGGGCAGUCAUGAUGAACUUCAGAGAGGAUACCAAGUUGAAAGGAAAUGAAUAUUCAUGGGUGUCUUCCAUCUUCUACUUUGGAUACUUGGGGGCAGAGUAUCCAGCCAAUAUCCUAGUUCAUAAGUUUUCAGUUCCGAAGAUUCUUACAGGAGUUUGUCUUUCCUGGGGUGUUUUGAUGCUGGCUCAUAUCGGAGCGAAAAACUACGCUGGAAUUUUAGUUAUCAGGUUCUUACUGGGAAUUAGUGAAACUCCGGUGUCCGCUGCAUUGAUCAAGUAUGUUGGGUGCUGGUGGAAGAAGUCAGAACAGCCUAUGAGAUACUUAUGUUUCAACUCUGGACAAGGGGGGCUGUACGUCGUUUUCAGUCUUGUCUCCUACGGUCUGGGACAUGCUGGAGGAAAGUUGUCGCCAUGGAAGUAUAUCUAUAUUGUUCUGGCAAUUUGUUCCUUCACUUUAGGAGGACUGAUCUUUUUUUUCUUACCAGCUUUGCCCCAGAAUGCAAAGUUCUUGAACGAGCAAGAAAAGAUAGUUGCUGCAAAAAGAGUCUCGAAGAACAUGACAGGAAUCAAGACUAUUGUCUGGAAGAACUACCAAAUUCUUCAUGCUCUAAAGGAUCCAAAGACGUAUUUGUUGACCUUGUAUAUGUUCUUCUCCAUGAUCCCAAAUGGUGGUCUUACGAAUUUCAAUACGCUUGUGCUGCAAUCUUUUCAUUUCAACAAGUACACUACGCUCCUAGUGAACCUCCCAUGGUCGUUCUUCUCUGCUGGUCAAAUGUGGGUGUGGGUUAUUGUUGGUCGCAAGUUCAAGAACCUUAGAAUUGCCGGCCUGAUCAUUCCGAUGUGCAUUGCAAUCACCGGAUUGUCUAUCGUGUACGCUACCGAGGAUGGUGGGGCAAAUAAGUGGGGAAGAGUGUUUGCUUACUGGAUGAUUAACUCCUGUUCAGCAACCUAUCCGUUUGCAAUGACCCUGACGGGACAACUGAUAAGUGGCCAUACCAAGCAAUCUUUCACUAAUGCCUUGGUCCUGAUCUUUUUUGCUUUGGGUAACAUUGUCGGUCCGUUCGCCUUCAAAUCUAGUGACGCUCCAAGAUACACACAUGCUCUGGCUACCAUCAUCGGUACUUUUGCAGCCUGUAUCGCGAUCGGAGCGGUACUCGGCGUUUACAUCUUCUAUGAGAAUAGAAGAAGGAACAAGCUUUACGGAAAUCCGGCCGAGGAUGAAGAUCUGCAGCUUCAAGGAGAAAUCGCGGGUCUCAAGGAUAAGACAGAUCUGGAAAAUAAGCAAUUCAGAUUUGUUUACUGA